UAAAUUAAUUAAUUUAAAAUUAUUUACAAUUUUAAUAGAAAUUUAUAUUAUUCAAAAUAAACAUCGGUUUAGUAUGUUUUUUUUCAUCAGUUUAGCAGGCAGUGUAGCCAUCAGCCAUUCUUCUCUUGGUUAGCUUGACACACGUGUUGUUGCAUUCAGAAGUUUUCUGUUCAAAAUGGAAAAGCCUGACGUUUUGGCUCGCGUUGUUAAAAUUCUUGGCCGUACUGGCUCUCAGGGACAAUGUACUCAAGUUAAGGUUGAAUUUAUCGGAGACCAAAAUCGUCAAAUCAUCAGGAAUGUUAAAGGGCCCGUCAGGGAAGGCGAUAUUCUUACCUUACUGGAAUCCGAACGUGAAGCUAGGAGAUUGAGGUGAAGAAUUGGGUGGAGAAUCUGUGAUGGAGCUAACAAAUCGAAAGAAAACAAUGCGACUUUGUAUUUAAGAUAUUUGUUAAUAAAAUAACCAAUGAUUUUUUAAUAGUUCAUUAAUUUUUUAUGCCAUUUAGAUAGAACCUUUAAUUCUGAAUACCUUAAUAAUAUUAUUGCAUGUUACAUUACAACAUUUUAUAAAAUAAAGUAUUUUGUAUGGCACCUAUUUGGUGCCAAAUACAAUUUAAUGUUUUUUGGCAGUUUUGUUCAAGCAUGACAACUAAUUUUUUCAGU